AUGGCUACAACUCCCACCCCCCGCCACAUCACCCUGGACGGCCAGGACCAUGUCGAGCUGCCGCAGACGACGCACGACGACCCGACUCCGACUCCGACCGCUGAGCUCCCCGAACCUCUCCAAGGCAGCGACGACGAGACAAGCGAAAAUGCCGACCUCGCCAAGCCCAGCCCCAUGGCUGUGAAUAUGAACCAGAGCAUCUUUGGCUUGAUCGCCGCCGCCGGCUCUCGGGUCGACUUCAACACGCGAUUCGACGACGGCAGCAGCGACGAGGACGAAGGUGGUAGCUUGAAGCCCAUCAACUUGCGACACCGAGACCUUUCACAAACGGCCAUCUUCGGCUCAUUGCCGCCCAAGGAUAAGAGACUGGGACACAAGACGCAGGUUCCCGGCCACAGGCUGUUAAAGUCGUUUGCUUCGUUGCCCAAGAGGAAGAGCAGGUCGGGCACGGGCUCUGGCCGGCUAUGGGAGCCGACCCAAGAGGUGGACGAGCAGAGCGAGCCUAGUCAACCAUCCUCUCCCAAAAUGCCCUCGCAGCAUCCAGACGAGGACGAAGACGUUCGAAUAGCGCCCGUCAUGAGCAGAAUGUUGGAAGCCAAGGCUGAAAUGGCCAGCCGAUCCAGCUUCGACAUCGAAAGAGAUUCAUCUGGCCCGGAUCGCACAGAUGAUGGGGAAGCAGAGGACGAAGCAGAAGACGAAGCGGAGGGCGACGAAGACGGUGAAGAGGAAGACACCACAGCGCUGGCCAAAAAAUUGAUGGAAAUAUUCAAAUUUGACGAACCAGAGCGAGUCAUAGAAGAGUAUCCCUGCUGGCUGCUCCAACAAGUAUUGCUCCAAGGGUUCCUAUACAUUACUUCCAAGCACAUUUGCUUCUACGCAUACCUUCCAAAGAAGACGCAUACCGUUUCCAAGUCUGGUUAUCUCUCAAAGAGUGGCAAACGAAACCCAAAGUACAACCGCUACUGGUUUCGCCUCAAAGGCGACGUUCUAUCGUACUACCAAGAUGCCACAAAUUUGUACUUCCCCCAUGGCCAUAUCGACCUUAGUUUCGGCAUAUCUGCCAGCAUCACCGACGAAGACAAGGAAGGUGUGCACUUCUCAGUGGUGACGAGCCACCGUACCUACAACUUCAGGGCCGAAAGUGCGCCAAGUGCAAAGGAGUGGGUGAAGAGCCUGCAAAGGGUCAUUUUCCGGAGCCACAAUGAUGGCGACAGUGUUAAAAUAUCUCUGCGCAUUGAUAACAUCAUUGACAUUGAGGACACUCAAAUGAUGGAAUUUUCAGACACUUGCAAGAUUCGAGUCAUCGAUAGCGAUGAAACUUUUGCCAUCGACGAGUACUUCUUCUCAUUCUUCACCUUUGGCAAAGAGGCCAUCGACGUCAUCAAGCUUUUGGUAGAGAACGCAUCUGCCGAGGGUCCAACCGCUGGUAAAGUCAUUGCCACUCAGGAAGGAGAAUCUUCAGACCAGUCUUCAUCGCCCCGCGUCUCUGGGGGCGCAUUCCGAAAUCUAGCCCGCGUCGAUAGCGCACUCACAACCAAGUUCCUGGGCCCUGCACAAGAAGUUGUUCCUUCAACAUCACCUGGUUCAACAAGUCCUAGCCCGCACCCUAGCGCCGAUGAGGAAGGCGUGCUGAGUUUAAAGAGCUCUCGGGGCAGAUCCAGCGACAACAGGAGAGAAGACGGCGACAGGCACGCAGAAGAGAGAAUAUCGUCGCGGAUAAUGGAAUCAUCCGAGUCCAAUCUGUAUUCCUCGAUUGAAGAGCCGAGCUUUGCUAGCCUCACCCAAUCUGCGUUUGAAGAUCCUUCUGCGAGCCAAAUUCUGAGGGGCAGCGAUGUAUUCCAAAGUCCAACAAUGAGACACUCACAGACCUCUAGUCGCGACUAUACCGAGGUCAAGAACAAGGCUCUCGUGUCAAAGCAAGGGCAGCAGGCCUCAGCGGCAGGUAGUCAGAAUGAGGAAUCGGUCUAUGCUGAACCCCCACGAACUUCGACGCCAACAUUACAGAGCAUUACUAAGAUGGGAGCGUAUCCUCUACAGCGCGCGGGUGCGUUUGCCGAUUAUCUAAACAAGACGGGUAAACGAAUGAGCACUCUCCUUGCAACCGAGUCUAUGGGCUAUGUUGAGAAGGUGUCCGGCAUGUGGAAAGGCGAGCGCAAGCACUACGAUGAACCAGCCGGUUUACGACCCGACGAAGAUGAGCUAGAAGAGGAUGAUGAUGGCCAGAUCAAAACUUCUAAUGAGCGGUUUCGAGCCCAUUUCGCACUCCCCGAGACAGAAAGGCUGCAGGCCACGUACUUUGGCUACAUCAUGCGUGUCCUGCCGCUGUAUGGCAAGAUUUACCUCAGCGGCCGGUAUUUCUGCUUUCGAAGCUUGCUUCCUGGCACUCGUACCAAGUUGAUUCUGCCCCUGAAGGAUAUCGAAAACGCACACAAGGAAAAGGGCUUCCGCUUUGGAUAUUCUGGCUUGGUUGUCGUGAUCCGUGGACAUGAAGAGCUCUUCUUUGAGUUCCGGCAAGCCGAGAUUCGCGAUGAUUGUGCCGUGACACUACUUCAAUGCCUGGAAACCGAUCGCCAUCUUCAAGAAUCCGUGAUCCUAGAGCAAGAAUACAGAGAUGUGGCAAGCGCCGCCGUUGCAGAGCGAGAUGCCUUGAAAAUAGCAACAGGGGACAUGUUUGCGGAUCGCGAGCUUCAGCUAGCCCAAUCGACCGCGUCGCUGUCUCAGGCUCCACAUGUCCUGGGAGAUGACCUGGAAACAUCAGUGAUCCAGUUCAAGUCGCCUCAUCCCAUGAAAAUCACAUGCCUGACAAUUGGCUCCAGGGGCGAUGUUCAGCCUUACAUUGCACUGUGUAAAGGAUUACUCGCAGACGGCCACAAGCCACGGAUUGCCACCCACGCCGAGUUCAAGGGGUGGAUUGAAUCUCACGGGAUCGAAUUUGCUUGUGUCGAAGGUGACCCCGGAGAACUCAUGCGUCUCUGCAUCGAAAAUGGAACGUUUACUCUUUCAUUUCUUCGAGAAGCCAAUGCGACCUUCCGAGGGUGGCUCGAUGACCUUCUUGACUCCGCAUACAAGGCUUGUGAAGGGUCUGAGCUUCUCAUUGAGUCGCCGUCCGCCAUGGCAGGAAUCCAUAUCGCAGAGAAGCUCGGCAUUCCAUACUUUAGAGCAUUCACAAUGCCGUGGACAAGGACAAGGGCGUAUCCCCAUGCCUUCAUUAUGCCAGAAAACAAAAUGGGCGGUGCCUAUAAUUACAUGACGUAUGUCAUGUUUGACAACAUUUUCUGGAAGGCCACCGCCCAUCAGGUAAACAGAUGGAGGAACAAGACGCUCGGACUACCAAACACUGGCUUGGAAAAGAUGCAGCCCAACAAGGUGCCGUUCCUUUACAACUUUAGCCCGAGUGUUGUUGCGCCGCCUCUGGAUUUCUCAGACUGGGUCAGAGUCACGGGCUACUGGUUCCUGGAUGAAGGCGGUGACUAUGAGCCUCCUCAAGAGCUCCGAGACUUUAUUGCAAAGGCGAGGGCCGACGGCAAGAAGAUUGUCUAUGUUGGGUUUGGCUCCAUCAUUGUCAACGACCCGGCAAAGAUGACCCAGGAAGUGAUUGACGCCAUCCUCAAAGCCGAUGUUCGAUGCAUCCUGUCCAAGGGAUGGUCGGAUCGCAUUACUACCGGAAGAGACGAGCCCACCGGGCCGCUUACGGCAGAACCAGUGAUGCCGCCCGAGAUUCAUGUCAUCAAGUCUGCCCCCCACGACUGGCUCUUCCGUCAGAUUGAUGCGGCAGCGCACCACGGUGGAUCCGGUACCACUGGUGCCAGCUUGAGAGCCGGCAUACCAACCAUCAUCCGGCCAUUCUUUGGAGAUCAAUUCUUCUUUGCGAGCCGCGUGGAAGAUUUGGGCGUUGGCGUGUGGGUUAAGAAAUGGGGAACCAAGUCUUUUGGCCGGGCUCUUUGGGAGGUAACGCGUAACGAGCGGAUGAUUGUCAAGGCCCGGCUCCUGGGAGAGCAGAUUCGCAAGGAGAGUGGCGUCGAAACCGCCAUUCAGUCCAUCUAUCGAGACAUGGAAUAUGCAAAGAGCUUGAUCAAGCAUACAGAUGGACACUUGGAAACCGAAGAAGAUGAGGACACGGAAGAAAGCUGGACGUUUGUCCGGGGCGACGAACCAGAUCCGGAUGUGAUUACGACCAAGUUGAGCGAGGGAUUGGAUGGCGUGGCAUUGGGUAACAAUAGCAAGGCGUCGGGCAAGGCAUGA